AUGAAGGCAAAGAGGAUGCCCAAAUCAAACGAGGCCAUGAGCUUCCCAAAAAUCAGAAGGAGCUACACUGCUCUUGGAGUGGCUAGAGGCGCCAAUGCCAGCGCUACAGGAGGCGGUCCUACUAUUGGGGCAACGAUGGGUGAUGCUAUAAACAUCCAAGGUGUAGCAGGCAAGCAUUACAAAUGGGAAAAGAGGCUACUAAGGGCGAUGCCGAGGGCACUAAGGGAUGGUGCAUUGGGCACUGGUGCCAGGAGCGGAGAGGCAAAGAGGAUGCCCAAAUCAAACGAGGCCAUGAGCUUCCCAAAAAUCAAAAGGAGCUACACUGCUCUUGGAGUGGCUGGAGGCGCCAAUGCCAGCGCUACAGAAGGCGGUCCUACUGUUGGGGCAACGAUGGGUGAUGCUAUAAACAUCCAAGGUGUAGCAGGCGAGCAUUGCAAAUGGGAAAAGAGGCUACUAAGGGCGAUGCCGAGGGCACUAAGGGAUGGUGCAUUGGGCACUGGUGCCAGGAGCGGAGAGGUCCUUCUUGGGUGA